AUGGCGGAGGCCGCUCUGAGGAGCCCGGCGCAGGGCAGUGUGACGUUUGGUGACGUGGCUGUACACUUCUCCUUGGAGGAGUGGUGUCUCCUUGAAGAGGCUCAACAAUGCCUGUACCGUGAUGUGAUGCUGGAGAACUUGGCACUUAUAACCUCCCUAGGUUGUUGACAUGGCGUGGAGAAUGAGGAGGCACAGUCUGAGCAGACUGUGUCUUUACAAGGAGCGUCCCAAGUUGGUACUUACAAAGACAGUCUGUCUUCCCAAAAGGCUCACACCUGUGUGAUGUGUAGCUUGGUGCUGAGGGACAUUUUACAUAUUCAACUAAAGCAGCUCUUUGGAGAGAAAUGCUUCAGCAGCAAUGUGGACAGAGCCUUGUUUGUGAACAGCAGUGAAUCCCAUUUGACAGUGGAGCCCUCUUCCUGUAAGGAAGUUAGAAAGGACUUCCUAGCCAACUCAGAGUUUCUGUAUCAAGGGUCCACAUAUAUUGAGGAACAGUCAGAAAACAGAAGUAGUCGUCGAAUCGUGGCCAUCUACCUGUGUGGAAAAAUUCAUCAAAAUUAUGGCGAAUUCACAAAAGCAUUUGGCAACAAACAUACCCUUAUUCAGCAACAGAAAACCAAUUCUAAACAACGAAGCUAUGUAUGUGAUCAGUGUGGAAAAUCUUUUAACAAAAGCUAUAGUCUCAUUGAUCACUGGAGACUUCACACUGGUGAAAAGCCUUAUAAGUGUGGGGAAUGUGGGAAAUCCUUUACACAGAGCUCUAGCCUCAUUCAGCACCAGAGCGUUCACACUGGAGUUCGACCUCAUGAAUGUGAGAAAUGUGGGAAAUUAUUUAGCAACAAGUCCAACCUCAUUAAACAUUGGAGAGUUCACACUGGAGAGUGGCCUUAUGACUGCAGCAAUUGUGGGAAAACGUUCAGUGAAAGCUCUGCCCUCCUUCAUCACCAGAGUGUUCACACUGGAGAGAGGCCUUACGAGUGUAGUGAAUGUGGGAAAUCCUUCACCCAAAACUCUAGCCUCAUUGAACACAAGAGUGUUCACACUGGCUUAAGGCCUUACGAAUGCAGUGAAUGUGGGAAAUAUUUUACUCAGAACUCUAGCCUCAUUAAACAGAGAAUUCACACUGGGGAAAAACGUCACAAAUGCACUGAAUGUGGAAAAUGCUUUAGCUAUAGCUCUAGCCUCAUUAAGCACCAGAAAAUACACAGUUGA